CCAGGCGGGCGGUUCGACUUCCUCGCCGCCGCCCACGCUGAUACCCCGCCGCACAUCGUUGUCAUCGCCGCAUCGCCGGUAGCCGAGUCGUAUUGCUCUCUACCUGCUGCCGGCGGCCGAAGGGAAGGAACAACCCACCGUCGGUGAGGCGAUCAUAGGUUGCACGGAUUUCCUCUUCCCAUGUUGAUCUCCGCUCUUUUUUUCCCCCUCCCGGCUCCCGCAGAACCGCUGUGGCGCACGCAACAUGUUCGACGGAAUGAGGAAGAAGGCGGCGGGGGCGGACUGCGAGGACCGCAUCAGCGAGCUCCCGGACGCGCUGCUCCACCACGUGCUCUCCCUGCUGCCGGUGGACGAGGCCGUGCAGACGUCCGUGCUCGCCCGCCGGUGGCGGCAGCUCUGGAAGGGCAUGCCCGCCCUGCGCCUCGUCGGUCCCAGGACGAGGUUCCCCAGCGCCGAGGAUUUCGACAGGUUCGUCAACCGCCUCAUCGCCGCCCGCGGCGAUUCGCCUCUCGCCAGCUGCGAGAUCGUUGCCUACCUUACCAGGGAUGAUUACGCCGGGGAGCCUGACGAGCCCGAGCCGAACGUACAAUUCCAGUCGUGGAUCCAGUACGCUCUGGCGUGCAGGGUUCGGGAGCUCAAAGUUGUCGGCGACCUUGUUGGCUCCGAGACGGAGCUCGUCGUGCCUCUCAUCUCCCAGCACCUGACGAGCUUGGAUGUUCACUCGGUGUUCUUGGACAAAGAUUUUGUGGAUUUCUCAAGCUGCCCUGUGUUAGAGGAGUUGAAGAUGCUGGAGUGCGGCUUUUGGGUGCAGAACGUGUCAUUUCCUUCGCUGAAGCGUAUGUGUCUUGUUGAGUGCAACUUCUCCGAGGGUUACCGCGUUCGUAUUUCUGCACCUAGUGUUGUUUCGCUGCGCCUUGAUGAUUGUAGAGGCAAGACUCCUUUGCUUGAAAGCAUGCCGCUGCUUGAAACAGCGUCCAUUGACCUUUCGUAUGGGUGCAAGGAUCAGUGUCGGGGUUGUGGUGGUGAUGAAAGCUGUGAAGGUUGCCAUGGCUAUCCUGUUGGGAGUUAUCAGAGCGUGCUUCUUAAUAGUUUGUCCAAUGCUGUCAAUUUGGAGUUGAAAGAUCAGCCUAAAGUGUAUAUCUACGAAAGGGAUUUGGAAUCCUGCCCCAUAUUUGGAAGAUUAAAGACUCUUUUACUCGACAUGUGGUGUAGGACUGUUGACAUGCAUGCACUAGUUCGCAUUCUUCAGCACACGCCUAUUCUUGAAAAACUCACUCUUCAGCUUCGCAGUGACGAGAACUUCUUAAAUGCAGGCCGAGGUGAAAGAAAACAUGUUCGCAUUGCGCAAUCAUUUGUAUGUGCACAUCUUAAGGAAGUCAAUAUUGAAUGUGAAGAAAAACUAAGGGUCAAGGAUAAAGUCAGGCAAAUUGUGAAGAUCUUGAAUAGAGGUGGCAUACGUACUGAGCAAAUCAGUUUCAAGAAGAUCCCAAGGCCAGAAGGCUAUCGUUUCCAAGUUGUAUCACCUAGGGCCUUCGAUGACAACUGGUCCGGUUCUGGUGGCGACUAAGGUGUAUGUUCAGCCGUGAUGUUAAGCCUGUCGUGUCGUUUGUGCAAUCCUCUUUUAGUGGUGGCCCUGUGCAGGCUGUUAGUUUCAUGGUGCCACUUUGCUAAACAACUUCCAGUCUGGUCUGUUGAGACAUUACUAUUUUGGUUUUGCAAUUUCUCAGUGGACUGAAGACUUUCUCAAUCAAAUAGAUGGCAAAAUGUAAACUGACCAUGAAGUUAUCAUUAGUAUAUAUAUGAUUUAUCUGGUUGGGUUUGCCGGUCAA